GCGCGGUCGCACAAAACCCUGUUUCUAACAUCAUGUACAUGUACAUUGUAGUUCCUCGAAACCUAGCGUCACACACGACAUACACUUACGCAGAAAAAAAUUAUUGGGCUUUAACGUCGUUAAAACUUUAAGUUCAAUACAGUAGUGUUGAGUAGGUGGCAUAUCUGGAAAACGAGUUUAAGAAGCUGUCCUUUGAUUUCUUUGGCCGUCGUCCAUUUCGGGAGUAUUGCUUGGUUUUCCUUCUGAAUAUAAACGUAUCCACCAGUGACGAUGGCAGAGAGACCAGAGGAUCUAAACCUCCCACAUUCUGUAAUCACAAGAAUUAUGAAAGAAGCGGUUCCUGAAGGCAUCAGUAUUUCCAAGGAGGCUCGUAAUGCCGUUUCCAAGGCAGCUAGUGUGUUUGUACUCUAUGCUACUUCAUGUGCUAACAACUAUGCACUGAAAGGAAAGAGGAAAACACUGAAUGCCGCAGAUGUCUUCGCUGCCAUGAAGGACAUGGAGUUUGAAGAGUUUAUUGAACCACUGGAGAACAGCCUUCAAGAGUUCCGUCAAGAACAGAAGGGCAAGAAAGAGGCAUCUGAGAAAAGGAAGCAGAACAGGUCAGAUGCAGAGAAAGCAGAAGGGGAAGACACAGAGCAGAACAUCUCCAGUGAGAUGGAGGAUAGAGAAGAUGAGGAAGAUGAAGAAGAAGAUGAGGGUGAAGAUGAAGAUAUUGAUGAGGACAUUGAUGAAGAGGAUGGAGAAGACAUUGAUGAAGAGGAUGGAGAAGACAUUGAUGAAGAGGAUGGAGAAGACAUUGAUGAAGAGGAUGGAGAUGAAGUGGAAGAAAUCGAGGAUGAUGAAGAAACUGUUGGAGAAGUUGAGGACGAUGAUGUCCAAGAAGUAGAAUGAGGGAGAUUGAAAACUGAUGAAGACCAAGUUAAAAACGUGGUGAAUUUCUAAAUGGCAAGAAAAGAUUACAGUUUCCUGUCGACUUGAAAUUCAAAACAAGAUGGACGUUUUCUGAACUGAGAACGUUAUUUACCCAUUCUUAUGCCAGAGUAAACUUAACCCUCGAGGUUUGGUAUAAAUCACAAAGAAUAUUGUUGGAUUUAGCAUGAUGAGGGAUAUACUCACAUGUUGACAUGUGACCACACACAUUGAAUUCUUGUAAAAUUUUGUACUGUGCUUGAAUACAUGUGGAAGCUAGUUAUAGGUAUUCUCUUUAGAGUUUGGAACUAAAGGCAGAAGAACCGUUGUAAAUAUUAGCAUUUUGCGCUGUUCCUUUGAAUGAAUUAAAUUGUCGAGCAACAAUUUUACACUGU